AUGGGAAAUGUUUAUCCAUUGCGUCCUCUUUGCUCUGAUUUCCCCAUUAGCAAUGCUUAUAGGUUAGACAAUGUGUUCGAACAAGAACUUGAGAGAAAAUUAUAUGAUACUCUCAAGGCUGCAUCUGAGCUUAACAAUGGCAACAAGAACUU